CCCCAAUAAGAAGGCCGGCGAACCCACCAUUUUUCCUUCCCCGUGCCCGAGACCGAGACCGAGACCGAGGAACAGGAAGCAUCCGCUGAAGCGGAGGAGGGCUCAGCAACGAUGAGCGGCCACGACUCCAAGUAUUUCUCCACCACCAAGAAGGGGGAGAUCCCCGAGCUCAAGGAGGAGCUCAAUUCUCAGUACAAGGACAAAAGGAAGGAUGCAGUGAAGAAAGUGAUAGCUGCAAUGACUGUUGGAAAAGAUGUUUCAUCACUGUUCACAGAUGUCGUCAACUGCAUGCAAACAGAGAAUUUGGAGCUGAAGAAACUCGUGUAUUUAUAUCUUAUAAACUAUGCUAAAAGCCAACCUGAUCUAGCCAUACUUGCUGUGAAUACCUUUGUUAAGGAUUCACAAGAUCCCAAUCCACUAAUUCGUGCUUUGGCUGUGAGGACAAUGGGAUGCAUUCGUGUUGACAAAAUUACAGAAUAUCUAUGUGAUCCUCUUCAGAGAUGCCUCAAGGAUGAUGAUCCUUAUGUUCGAAAGACUGCAGCCAUUUGUGUAGCUAAGCUUUAUGAUAUAAAUGCUGAGUUAGUGGAAGACAGGGGGUUCCUUGAGAGUCUCAAGGACUUGAUAUCUGAUAAUAAUCCGAUGGUAGUAGCAAAUGCAGUUGCAGCACUUGCAGAGAUCCAAGAAUGUAGUACUAGACCAAUUUUUGAGCUCACCAGUCAUACUCUUUCAAAACUCCUGACUGCAUUGAAUGAAUGCACUGAAUGGGGUCAGGUUUUCAUUUUGGAUGCCCUUUCAAGGUACAAAGCAUCUGAUGCCCGUGAAGCUGAAAACAUAGUGGAAAGAGUUACACCACGUCUCCAGCAUGCAAAUUGUGCAGUUGUGCUUUCUGCUGUCAAAAUGAUUCUUCAGCAGAUGGAACUUAUUACUAGUACUGAUGUGGUCCGAAAUCUUUGCAAGAAGAUGGCACCUCCUCUAGUAACUCUUCUUUCUGCAGAACCUGAAAUACAGUAUGUAGCAUUACGCAACAUCAAUCUUAUUGUACAGAAACGACCUACAAUACUUGCACAUGAAAUUAAGGUUUUUUUCUGCAAGUACAAUGAUCCAAUUUAUGUUAAGAUGGAGAAACUGGAGAUUAUGAUAAAGCUUGCAUCUGAUCGGAACAUAGAUCAGGUUCUGUUGGAGUUCAAAGAGUAUGCUACAGAAGUAGAUGUUGACUUUGUUCGGAAGGCUGUACGUGCAAUUGGUCGCUGUGCCAUAAAAUUAGAGAGAGCUGCUGAGCGGUGCAUCAGCGUGUUGCUAGAGCUCAUAAAGAUAAAAGUAAAUUAUGUUGUGCAGGAGGCUAUCAUUGUUAUCAAGGAUAUCUUCAGGCGUUAUCCGAACACCUAUGAAUCCAUCAUUGCAACUCUCUGUGAGAGUUUGGACACACUAGAUGAGCCAGAAGCUAAGGCAUCAAUGAUUUGGAUAAUUGGGGAAUAUGCAGAAAGAAUUGACAAUGCUGAUGAGCUCCUUGAGAGCUUUCUAGAAAGCUUCCCAGAAGAGCCUUCACUUGUUCAACUGCAAUUACUCACUGCAACUGUCAAGUUGUUUCUUAAGAAGCCAACUGAAGGCCCACAGCAGAUGAUUCAGGCUGUUCUUAAUAAUGCCACAGUGGAGACCGACAAUCCCGAUUUGCGUGAUCGUGCCUACAUAUAUUGGCGUCUUCUUUCCACUGAUCCUGAGGCUGCUAAAGAUGUUGUUUUAGCUGAGAAGCCAGUAAUCAGUGAUGAUUCAAAUCAGCUUGAUCCUUCACUUCUUGAUGAGCUCCUUGCAAACAUUGCUACCUUAUCUUCUGUCUAUCAUAAGCCUCCAGAUGCAUUUGUAAGCCGUGCCAAAGCUGCACCUCGACCAGAUGAUGAUGAGUAUCCUGAUGGGGGUGAAACCGGGUAUUCUGAGUCACCAUCUCAUGCAGUUGAUGGUGCACCUGCCCCAUCUAGUCCAAGUACUGCUCCACCUGCUUCAACAGCGCAGCGAGUGCCAGCACCAGCACCCUCUUCACCUGCUGCUUUUAUGCCUGAUUUACUUGGCGAUUUGAUUGGUCUGGAUAAUGCCAUUGUACCUGUUGACCAGCCAGCAACACCGCCUUCAGGGCCUCCUUUACCUGUAUUACUACCUUCGUCAACUGGUCAAGGUCUACAAAUAAGUGGACAGCUGAUGCAGCGUGAUGGCCAAAUAUUUUAUAGUUUGUUAUUUGAGAAUGAUACACAGGCUGCGCUAGAUGGCUUCAUGAUACAAUUCAACAAAAAUACAUUUGGUCUUGCAGCUGCUGGACCUCUACAGGUUCCACCAUUGCAACCUGGAGCAUCAGCCAGCACCCUUCUACCUAUGGUUCUUUUCCAGAAUGUCUCGCCUGGGCCUCCAACCUCACUUCUGCAGGUUGCAGUGAAAAAUAACCAGCAGCCAGUCUGGUAUUUCAAUGAUAAAAUCUCAUUGCAUGUGUUCUUUGUGGAAGAUGGUAGAAUGGAGCGUGCAAAUUUUCUGGAGACAUGGAAAUCACUUCCUGAUGCAAAUGAGGUCUCGAAGGAGUUGACAAACUCUGUUGUCAAUAGUGUUGAUGUUACCCUUGAACGUUUGGGUGCAUCCAAUGUGUUCUUUGUAGCAAAGCGCAGAAACACAAACAAAGAGCUCUUGUAUCUCUCGGCCAAGAUUCCUCGAGGUAUUUCAUUCUUGAUAGAGCUUACAGUUGUCGUUGGUAUUCCUGGUGUAAAAUGUGCAGUCAAGUCAUCAAGCCCCGAACUGGCACCACUGUUCUUCGAAGCCAUGGAGACUCUUCUAAAGUGAUGCAGAUUUUUAUAAUUUGUGUAAAAUUCAUUACUUCAUUUCUUUUUGAUUGUUGGUGGAAAGCGUGUAAGCUUGUGGGUUUCUAUUCUUAUGCAGUUCGGUUUUUGACAAAUCUGCAAACAAUGAACUAGGUUAGGAACAUCCUUCUCAGGACCUUACUCGUAUUAUUCUUUCGUUUUACUUGUACUAUUGUUUCACCAACGGAAUGCCCCUUUUCGGCAGCGGCAUGACAUGGACUGCGUUAGGAGUCCAACAGUUCAUA